CUCAAGCUACAUCCGGUUCUCACCUGUCGCUGUCGCUGUCCCUGACACUGUCAUUUCCCUAACUGGCAAAGCACCCUAGUAAUUGUGCAGCGCAGAUUUGGUACCAUUACAAGCCCAAUCGAAAUCGGAGUGUCUUGUGUCUUUUCUGUAGCACCAUACCACGCUUUCCCCAACAAAAACUGGGAGACUUUCAUUGAGCUGCUUGACGAUACUUACUUUUUACACAAAUUACGAUACUCAAACUUCAGCUCUUGUGAUCUCUAAUCAUCCAUCAAGAAUCAAAUAACGCAACCAUGUUUUCGCGCUCAUCAGCAGCAGCGACGCGAAACCUAGCUGUUGUCAAUGGUAGCCUUUACCGCCUCCGCCAAACAUGCCCGCGAGGCACACGAAUCGCUUUGGUCCGCGGCCUGUCUCAAUCACAGACGCAAUCCCUUUCCAGCUCAGCAAUUCUGUCGGCUCGCAAAGAUGCACAGGAUAAGGAUAGCCUGAAGCCCGAACCGACCGAGUAUUCAAAGAGUGGAUCCGAUGCGCAGGCUGCGCAGACAGAGGAAGCAGCCUUUGAUCCACAGAAAACAAGUCCUGAGACGGAAAAGGGGACCGCAGGCUCGGAAGCUAAUGAUUCGAAUCCGCUUGAAGUCAGUCCUGCAAACCAAGAAGUAUCGAAGCCUCGAGGAAGCACCGAAGGUGGGCCCGAAGGAUCAGCGCCUGGUGGGCGCGAGAGAGCCAGUGGAGGCGGAUCACCUAAAAAGCAUGGAAAGACGCCUGCAUCAUGAAUGAGCACUAUUGGGGUCCGAAAAAGGGCACUGAUGAUGCGAGUGUUCUUUUCUUCUGGUAUCCCUGGUCGAUUUGAUGAAGCAAUGAACAUUCCAAUGCAUGUCUUAUGUGGCUUCAUGGCGUAACCUAUACGAACAGAGAAAAUAUCACUGCAUGGCCAUGCGUGACGCGAGGACUUUUUCCUUAAUUGAACAUGCUUUUAAUCAUUUGCAUUUGAAACACAGCAACUGAUAAUGAAUUUUUAUCAAAUAUAUAUGUGAACUCCUCUCAUAAAAUUAACCCAGGUAUCAAUACAUGCACACAACAUCGAAAGCACAGCCU